UUUUCUUUUUGCAUUUGUCGGAUUCUUCGUUUUUUCUCUCUUUUUUUUCAAUACUUAAAAUUUGUCUCCUUUUAAAUUUUAAAUACAUAAAUCCCGAAUGUCCUGAUCACAUUUAGAUCGGACAUGGCCAUUAAGACUAAAUUUCUGAAAAUCGUAAGCAAAUCAAUACGUAUCAUAAAUAGGUUUUAUUAUUUCGCUUGCAAUUUCUAGCAAUUUUUAUGUUUGAAAUGAGAAAAAUAUUCAACUGUUGGAAAGAAGAUGAAGAAUCUGAAUAUAGGAAGUGUUCUGUCGUAAUUAGUGCGUGACGCAUCUUUAGCACUGCCUGUGUUCAUUAACAUAUGUAUUUAAUCGUUAUUAAAAAUAUAAUCAAGAUUUUUAUUAAAAUUGUUUGAAAGUGCGAUUACGUUCUAAAAAACAAACUUUGAGAUAUUCUUUUCGAUUCAUUUAAAAUGGGAGUCCCAUCAUCUGCAAUUACAGAAACCAAGAAAUUAAAUGAAAUUUCUUAUUUAAAAGGUCAGAUAAAGGAAUAUCGACAAAAUAUACAUCUAAAUUCACAAUAUAAGCAAAAAAUUAAUACUUCAAACAGAACUUUCGAGUUUGUAAGUUCUAAAAUUUAUCCAGAUAUAAAAGACACAGUUCAUAAUUCUUUUUCGAAUUCUGAAAUAGUAUCCGAGGAAUCAAUCAAAAAUGCACAUGUAAAACCUCAAUUACUUCCCACAAAUGUUCAUGUUAAUCCAAACUUUAAACCACAAAACCCAACUAUACAUAUCAAUCCAAAUAUUUAUGCUAAACCGUUAAUACAUAUUAAUCCAAAAAUAAUGCAUAAUAUUGCUAGUUCAAAUCGAAAUCUGCAAAAUAAUAUAAGCACAAUAAAUGUCAGUACAGCAAAAGCAAGUAUGGAUAACAAUACUAAGCCAGCAAAUAUCAAGAGAGCUAUAUAUGUUAAUCCAACAAUGCUGAAUAAAUUAUCAAAAGAAAAAUCAGCAGAAUCUAAAAUAUCAGUUUCUAAAGAAUCUGUCACAACAGAGCGACCUGUCUGUUCAAGACUGAAGCCUAUAAAAAAUACCGACAAUCAAAAGAUUUCUCCAAGGGGAAAGAUUAAUAACUCUAGUAUUGUGCUUUUAUCACGCAGAAAGCUUGUGAGAGCAACUCGUUCUACGAAAAUCAUGUCAAGAACUUUUCUAGUAUCUCAAUAUAAAUUAUCAAAAGCUGCAGAAUUAACAAGAAAAAAAAUUGAUAAAACAAUAUUACAAACAAAAAUUAAAUCAUUAGCAAAUAAUGCAUUACAAUCUACGAGUAAAUCUAACUUCUCAAAAUUACGUAUCAAUAAAUCUAAUAAUAAUUCUAAAGUGACCAAAUAUAAGAUUGACAGGACUAUAUUAAAAGUUAAAAAAACCGGCCUUUCAGAAAAGAGAAAAGUUAUAGGAGGUGCAGAAAAACUUGUUACUAUUGGUGGUAUUGUUUACAAAGCUUCUCAAAAUAAAUUAGUACGGAAGAAUUCUUUAUUAAAACGAAAACGAUCAUUUAAUGGAAAAAAUGAUAAACCGAGUGUUGUUAUUUAUGACAAGAAACAACGAUUCAGUAAAGAAAUUUUAAAUUGUACAUUAGGAACAAACACCAAUAGUAAAGCACGAUUUACCAUCAACAUGUCAUUGAAAACCAAAUAUAGUAUCAGGUACAAAAAUAGUGUCAGCAACAAAGCAAAACAAAGAAGCAUACGAAUUUUACGAAAUAAAAUGCACAAAAAUAAUCAACCUUGUUUAAUUUUUCAACGAUUUGGAUCUUGUCCAAACUAUGAAAAUGGAAAGUGUGUCAAACGACAUGAUAAAAAUCAGGUGUCACUUUGCAAAAAUUUUCUGCAAGGGAAAUGUUUCUUAAACAAAUGUUCUCUAUCACAUGAUGUUGGACCUGAAAAGAUGCCUACAUGCAAGUACUUCCUCGAUGGCUGCUGCACAAGAGAUGACUGUCCUUAUCUUCACGUUAAAGUGUCUUCAAACACUUCAAUCUGCAUAGAUUUUCUACAAGGAUAUUGUGCUAAAGGAACUAAGUGCCAACGACGUCACGAGUACCUUUGUCCUGAAUUUAACAAAUCGGGGAACUGCAGCAAAGGUGAGUGUUGUCCUUAUCCUCAUAAAUCGCAUUUCUCUGAUUCCGAAAAAAGCACUAAAUAUUCAAGCAAAAUGCGCACUGUACAAAAAACUACGCUCACGACAAAGAAUGAUUCUGAGAUAUUGAAUACGGAAAACAGAUUAAGGUAUUAUGAAAUAAAUAAUAGUUUUACUGAACAUCUUGAGAAAAAGAAAAAAACUCCAAUUAUCGAUCGUACGAAACAAGUUAAAAUUAACGAGAUGAAAGAAUCUUUAGUCAAAGAAAGCGAAGAUAUAUUAGAUGAGACAGCUUGCCAUUCUAAUAAUAAAAAAAAGCGGGUUUCUACAGGCAGUUAUAUCCCUAUUGAUAUAUUUUAAUUAAUAUUUAUAUACAUUAUUUUUAGAGUAAAUAAUUUUAAGUUAAUUUGUUCGUAUUAAUACGAUCGCGAUUAUUUAAUUAAAUUCACGUUCGAAUGAUAUAUAUUUAGAGAUUUUCUUUUCAGCUAUCGUUAUAUUCUCAAAGAUAUUUCACGAUACAAUUAUUGUAAAGACUAAAUUAAAUUUUCUAUCGUUUUUUAAUGGAUUUAUUCAGUAGCGCUCUAUAAAUAAAUAUAAUCUUUGUAUAUAUAACGAUACUGUUCAUAUAUAAGUAUUUGAUAUGCUGUGAUAUAUCGAAUAUGUUAUAAAAUUAUU